UGCAACCAGAGUGGCGAUUGCAAUUGGAUCUUAACGCCUCUGAAGAGAUAUCACAGUUCUGGAAACAGUACUGAGCUUAUCCCUUCACUCCUGGUAGUCGUCCCAGCCCAGUGAAAGGUUACAAAAUGUCUUUAACAUAUGAAGAAAGCAUUGAAAUCAUCUUGAUAUCAGGAGAAAGAAGCACACGGGCCGUUGCUGAGGAUUUCAACAGUCGUCACCCAACCAGACAGCCCAUCACUCACAGCGCAGUUGCCAAGCUUUUGGCCAAAUUCCGAGCAACAGGUUCUGUCGCAGAUAAACCUAAGGCUGGAAGACCAAAAUCUGCCACCGAUGAAGCAACAACAGUGAGUGUGUUGGCAUCAUUUAGCAAGAGUCCGCAACGGUGUACUCGUCGCCUAUCACAAGAAUGUGGGGUUAGCCGUACCUCCAUACUGCGAAUUUUAUCGCAGCACAAAUGGCACCCAUACAAAAUUAAGCUGCUCCGACACCUGAACGAGGAUGACCCAGACCGUCGGGUACAGUUCGCAGAAUGGGUGACACAGCAGUUGAAGAUAAACCCACAUUUCCCGUAUCAGGUGCUGUUCAGUGAUGAAGCCAAUUUCUUUAUCAAUGGUGAAGUGAACAAGCAGAAUCACAGAUACUGGUCCGACACUAAUCCGCACUGGAUUGAUGCUUCCAAAACGGUCGACUCACAAAAAGUGAUGGUCUGGUGUGGUUUGUGGGGUACCAAAGUCGCUGAACCAUUUUUUAUUGAUGGUACGUUAACAGCCAACGGUUAUCUGAGAUUAUUGAAUGAAGAAGUGGUUCCCUCGUUGAUUACGGAGGACGAGACAUUUCCGGAAUUCUUCCAGCAUGAUGGAGCCCCACCACAUUAUGAGCACAAUGUGCGAGCAUACCUGGAUGUGCAGUUCCCCCAAGAGUGGAUUGGUCGUAGGGGUGCUGUGGAGUGGCGACCACGUUCACCAGAUUUGACUCCUUUGGAUUUUUAUCUUUGGGGUCAUGUCAAAGCACUGGUUUAUUCUGUGAAAAUACGGGAUUUGCAUAAUCUAAAGCAGCGCAUUGUUGAUGCGUGUGGUCAAAUUCAGCCAGAUGUGUUGGUCAAAGUUCAUCAGGACUGGGUUCGGAGGAUGGCCUUAACAAUUCAACAUAAUGGACAACAUAUCGAUCCAUUACUAUGACUGUUGGUGGUCUUACUGUGUAACAUCGGCGUAAUGUCUCUUCGGCACAUAACACACAUGCUGCCGAGCGUCUCACCGCUGCCACAUGUAACUGGCUAUAACCCGAGAACGAAUAAAGCUAUGUUUAAAAUAACAA